AUGCUGCUCAACCCAUGCAGACAUGCGUUCGCAGGUCCAUCUCAACGAUUAUUCUCCUCGACAUGCAUACGGCUGAAGGAGACUGGCGACAAGGACACUCUCCUUGAAGAAGCUCGGCGCAAACGGAGGACAGAGUGGAAGCGCCAGCAAAAAGGCCAAUCAUUCUUGGACCACAGUAUCAUCCAUGUCAGAGGAGGCACCGGCGGAAACGGCUGCGUCGCCUUCCACCGCGAAAAGUUCCUCCCCAACGGCCCACCCUCGGGCGGCAGUGGCGGCCGCGGCGGCGACGUCUACAUCAUGCCCACGCCCCACCUCACCUCCCUCUCCUCCGUCCCCAAGCGCGUGCGCGGCGCAUCCGGCGGGCACGGCCAGGGCACCUGGCAAAACGGGCGCAACGGCACGCCGACGAUCGUCAAAGUCCCGCUCGGCACCAUCGUCCGCGAGCUCACACCCGGCGACCCGCGGCGCGCCAAGGACGAGUACGAGGCCGUGGAAGACGCGCUCGCGGGGAUCACGGACGAGGCGGAGCGCCGCGGCCGGCUGCGCGACAUGCGCUGGGUGCACUACCCCGAGCACCGCGACGAUAAUUUGGGGAGGGACGUGUUCAAGCAGGCGGAGGCGGCCGUGCGGCGCGAGGAGCGCGAGCGCCGGUUCGCGCGGCGGCAGCGCAUGCUGUUUCCCGUCAGCCUCGAUCUGGACAGGGUCGAGGAGACGGUCGUGCCGGACGACGCGCCGCUGGGCCUGAGCCGCCCCGAGUACCUCGGCCACCGCGUCGCCGCGGGCGGCAUGGGCGGGCUCGGGAACCCGCACUUUGUGUCGGGGCUGAACCGCUCGCCGAAAUUCGCGACGCGCGGGUACGAGGGCGAGCGCGUGACGCUGGCGCUUGAGCUCAAGAUUCUGGCGGAUAUAGGGCUCGUGGGUGUGCCGAACGCGGGGAAGAGCACGUUGCUGCGCGCGCUGACGGGCGGGCGCGCGAAGACGGAGGUCGCGAGCUAUGCGUUCACGACGCUAAACCCGGUUGUGGGCGUUAUCCGCGUCGGCGACGACGGCAGCUUCGAGGGCGAGCUGCAGGGCGUCAAGGUGUUCGACGAGACGGUCGUGGAGGAACAGCGCGAGCAGGAAGCCCGCGAGGCGAUCUACGCGGACCCCGCGCCGUCCGAGUCCUUCGUAGAGCCCGCCUCCGACUCUGCCAUCGAAGCAAACCACGAACAGGAGCACGAAGAACCAACCCCAGAAGAAGACGAAACAGUCCCGCGCACAGGCAGCAACUUCGACAUCCUCGAAUCCUUCCGCUUCACCAUCGCCGACAACCCCGGACUGAUCUCGCAGGCAUCAGAGGACAUCGGGCUCGGGCACUCGUUCCUGCGCUCGAUGGAGCGCUCGCUCGCGCUCGUGUACGUCGUCGACCUGUCCGCGCCGGAGCCGUGGGCGGAGCUCGCGGUGCUCCGCGACGAGCUCGACAAGUACCAGAGCGGGAUGAGCGGCAAGGCGCGCAUGGUCGUCGCGAACAAGGCAGACCUGCUCGCGGGCGCGGCAGACGAUCCCGGUGCGGUGGAGGCGCGGGCGAAGCUCGCGCGGCUGCAGGAGUUUGUGGAAAGGGAGAUGGGGGUGGUGGAUGAGAGGACGGGGGAGCGGACGGCGCUGGAGGUUGUGCCGGUGUCGGCCAAGUUUUCGCAGAACCUCAGGAGGGUGGUUGCGAGUAUGCACGGGUACGUCGAGGAGGCGCGGCGGAGGAAUUUGGAGACCAGGUAG